AUGUUUAUAACAAAGUUUGUUGAACGUCCUGGCUUAGGUUGUGCAGGUCGUCCUAUAAAAGUCAAAGCCAACUUUUUUGAAGUAACCUAUCUAGCUGACACAAAAAUCCAUCACUAUGACGUUAUAAUCACACCAGAAGUUCCUCCGACUUUGAACAGAAGAAUUUAUUCACAAUUUGAAGCUUUAUUUGCUGGUGAUAUAAAACCCGUAUUCGAUGGUCGUAGGAAUAUUUUUACUGCUAGACCGUUACCUUUUGGCGAUACGGACUCUUUUGAUAUAUAUCCUCCAGAGGAUGCCAGUUUCUCAAUAAUUCGACAACCUCCAUAUGCUUUUAAGUUCAUCAUUAGGAAAGUCGCCGUAAUUGACAUGAAUGAACUUCAUAAAUUCCUCUAUGGAAAUUGCAGCUUAUCAUCGAACAUUUUAACAGGAAUUAUGGCCCUUAAUGUAUUGAUUCGUCAUCAACCAUUCUUGAAUUGUAAAGCAAUCGGACGAUCAUUUUAUACUAACCAAAUCUCACAAGAUUGUUUUGAUGGUGUAGAACUUUGGCAAGGAUAUCGACAAUCCAUCAGGCCUACAUUUACAAAAAUAAUGAUAAAUGUUGAUGUUAGUGCUACUGUAUUUCAUGAAAGUAACGAUUUAGUUCUUAUAGUCACAAAGAUGCUCGGACGUAAUAUUGAUGAUCUAAGGGUAGGAAUUAAGGAGAAAGAUCGGUUAAAACUUGAAAAAUCUUUAAAGUAUUUAAAGAUUCGCAUUAUUCAUCGUGGAGAUGGUUCCAGACGCUCGUAUAAAAUUCUUAAUUUAACUAGUACCUCGGCAUCAAAUACUAAAUUUGAUGAUGGUGAUGGUAGGAUAGAUGUCGCUUCAUACUUUCUAAAUACGCACAACAGACUUCUACGAUAUCCAUUUCUUCCUUGCGUUGUCAUCAAAAAUAAAACAUUUUUACCAUUGGAAGUAUGCGAAGUAGUUGAGGGACAACAUCAUAUUCGCAAAUUGAACGAAAGGCAGUCAGCAGACAUGAUGAAGUUUUCUUGUCGGCCACCCCAACAUCGUGCAUAUAAAAUUAGACAAGGUUUAGAUAUUCUUAAUUAUCGACAAAACGAGUAUAUGAGACAAUUUGGUUUGGAAGUAUCUGGAGAAAUGACUGUGGUUCCAGCCAGAGUAUUACCUGCUCCGAAAAUACAUUAUCACCACCCAUUUUUUCAUGAUACUACUUCUUUUGUUACAAAGGAUGGAUCAUGGAAUUUGCGUGAUAAAAAAUUUGUCACUGGGGUCACACUUGGUUCAUGGGCAUGCGUUGCGUUCGGAUAUUUCUCAAUUCAAAUCAUACAAUGUUUUAUCAGAGAAUUGGUUAUCACAUGCCAGGACACUGGAAUGAAUAUCCAAAAUAUGCAUCCACCUAUUAUGCAAGGUAAUCCUCAAGGUAAUAUUGAAGAGAUCUUGAAGCAAGCCUGGCUUAAAGCUGGUAAUACGUCUAAAUCACAUCCUCAGUUAAUUUUAUGCAUCCUUCCUAACGCCGGUGUACCAUUGUAUGCCGAAAUCAAACGAGUGUGUGAUACUAUAAUUGGUGUAGCCACUCAAUGCGUUCAAUCUAAGGUUGUUUUUCAAGCUAAAAAACAACAUUGCGCUAAUCUAUGUCUUAAAAUUAACGUUAAACUUGGUGGAAUGAAUUCUUUCAUCGAACCAAGUCAAAUACCAUUUGUGUCGCAACGCCCAACCAUCAUAAUGGGAGCAAGCGUUACACAUCCUGCUGAUGAAUCUCGCCCAUCCAUUGCUGCUUUAUGCGCUUCAAUGGAUGCAAAAGCAUAUCGUUAUGCCGCUUCCAUUCGUAUUCAAGCAGGUAGACAAGCAAUCAUCUCCGACUUGGCUGGAAUGGUAAAGGAGCUUUUGGAAACCUUUUACCAGACUUGUAAAGUAAAACCAGUUCGUAUUUUGUUCUAUAGAAAUGGUGUCUCAGAGGACCAAUUUGAGCAAGUGUUUGAUCUUGAAAUCGAAGCAGUAAGAAAUGCAUGUAGAUCACUUGAUGCAAAUUAUAAGCCAACCAUAACCUUUGUUGUUGCACAGAAACGUCAUCACGUCCGAUUUUUCCCAACGGAUAAGAAAGAUUCGGAUAGAACAGGAAAUUGUCUUAUUGGUACAGUGAUUGAAUCAACAAUAGCGCAUCCUUUCGAAUUCGACUUUUACCUUCAGAGUCACGCUGGUUUACAAGGAACUUCGCGUUCAACACAUUAUCACGUAUUGUGUGAUGAAAAUCGAUUCACUCCCGAUUCACUUCAAACAUUAACGUACAACUUGUGUUAUUCCUUUGUGCGAUGUACACGAGCAGUUUCUAUUGUACCACCAGUGUAUUAUGCGCGUCUAGCUUGUUCAAGGUCUAUGUUUCAUUUGCGAUGCGAAAAUUGGAGCGAUCCAGAUUCUGGUUCUGCAUACUUUUAUAUUGUGGCGCAUUCUCGUUUGCAAAAUGUCAUGUAUUUUAUAUAG